UCAAAAUGUAAACAGUCCCACAAAAUUGUUAUAAUUUAAAAAUCAAAAUUUUUCGUAGUUCAUUUUCAAAAUUCGUCAUAUAAGCUAUGAAUUUUUUAUUCGAUUCUCGUCCAAGUAAAAAGCUUAAAACAGAGUCUGGUGGUUGUAAGCCAAGGGCACCCAGUACAGAUAAUUAUUCAUUGAUGAAAGACAAAUAUGUUUUAGCCGAAAAUGGGUACACUGUUGGAAGAAAAAUAGAUUCAGGCACAUUUGCUGUUGUGAGAUAUGCAGAAAAAUCAACUACAAAUGGUUCAACGCUUCUCGCUGUAAAGAUUAUUGAUAAGGCGAAAGCAUCUCCCCUGUUUAUUGAAAAGUUUCUGGGGAGGGAGUUAGACAUUUGGCCAAGGUUACGUCAUCGCCACAUAAUCCAAGUGGACAGAAUGUUUCAAAUUCAGGAGCGAAUUUAUGUUUUCAUGGAACUGGCUGCCGGUGGAUCUGUAAUUGAAUUUGUACAAAGAUUGCUANGUCAUCGCCACAUAAUCCAAGUGGACAGAAUGUUUCAAAUUCAGGAGCGAAUUUAUGUUUUCAUGGAACUGGCUGCCGGUGGAUCUGUAAUUGAAUUUGUACAAAGACAUGGGGCAAUUGAAGAAGAUAUGGCAAAAAUGUGGAGCCGAAACAUGUGCCAGGGUCUGCGUUAUUGUCAUAAAAAAGGUGUUGCCCACAGAGAUUUGAAAUGCGACAACUUGCUGCUGGACAAAAAUCUUCAAGUGAAAAUUGGCGACUUCGGAUUUUGCUGUAAGAGUGUCAAUUCGGCGACAAGGCUUCCCAUCUACAGUACUACAUAUUGUGGCAGUUCAUCGUAUGUUGCUCCUGAAGUAAUAGAAGGACAGCCAUACGAUCCUAUAUCUGCUGAUAUCUGGAGUGCUGGAAUUUGUAUUUUUGUGAUCCUGAAUAACGCUAUGCCAUUCGAUGACAGCAACAUAAGACAAAUGCACGACGACCAGGUGACCAAGAACUGGAGUUACACUUCAAAAUGCAAGAAUAAGUUAUCGCAGUCGGCAAAGAGACUCAUUAGCAGGAUGCUUGAACCUUUGCCAUCAGAGAGGCCAUCCAUGGAUGAGAUCCUGAGCUGUACUUGGAUGCGACGCACUUAGUUUAAAAUUUUAUUAAAGAAUAAAAUCAAGUGGA